CUUAUCCAAAUGAAGUUUUACAUUUCCGUUUUUUGUUUUCUCUGAUUUGCGAAAUGUAGUUCAUCUUGUACUACUACGUGUUGUUCCACUUUUCGAAAAUGGCGACUUCAAUCUCACCAUGGUUCUCUCCCAUUGCUAUAACAUGUUCCAACACACGCAACCGUCGUUAUCGUUUACCCACCCGCACUAGAACCAAACCUCCUCCAAACCCUAAACUCAACAAAAACCAAACCAUCAAGCAUAAUUCUCCGCCACAACCGCUACUCCUCUCGGCCGCCGAACCCACCACCUACACCCGUCUCCCUCUCAAAGAAGACUAUUCAUCAUCCUUCUCUCCUUCCUCCUCCGAAAUCAAACUCUCGGAAUCAACACCAAUUCACCAAUUUCUCCACAAAGAUGAAGAUGAUGAAGAAGAAGAAAUCGAUGGUAAUUUCGAAGGAAUUCAUGACUCUGAAUCUGAAGACGACGACGAAGAAGAAAUCAGUGAGUAUGAAGAUGAUGAGAACGAGGAGGUUAACGAAAAUGAAGAAUUAUGGAGUGAGGAAUCGGAGGGUGGGGGGAAGGAGAAAGGGUUACCGGCGGUUAUGAGAUGUUUUGACCGGGCAAAGAUAUAUGUAAGGUCCGGAGACGGAGGGAACGGAUCGAUGGCAUUCCGGAGGGAGAAAUACGUCCCGCUUGGAGGGCCGUCGGGAGGGGACGGAGGGACAGGUGGCAAUGUGUAUCUGGAAGCUGAUAAAGCGAUGAGUUCGUUGUUACCGUUUCGGAAUGGGAUUCAUUUUCGGGCACCGAGGGGGUUACAUGGGAAAGGAAAGAAGAUGAUUGGUGCUAAGGGGGAAGAUGUGGUGGUGAAGGUGCCUCCUGGGACGGUGGUUAGAGAGGCUGGGAGUGAUGUGGUGCUAUUGGAGAUGGUGUAUCAUGGACAGAAAGCAUUGUUGUUGCCAGGUGGUAGAGGUGGUAGAGGGAAUGCUGCUUUUAAGUCUGGGAAUAAUAAAGCUCCCAAGAUUGCUGAGAAUGGGGAAGAAGGUCAUGAAAUGUGGUUGGAGUUAGAACUCAAGCUGGUUGCAGAUGUUGGAAUAGUUGGUGCUCCAAAUGCAGGGAAAAGUACACUUUUGAGUGUUGUUAGUGCUGCAAAGCCAGAGGUGGGAAAUUAUCCAUUUACAACGCUGCUUCCCAAUCUGGGUGUUGUUUCCUUUGACUAUGAUUCAAAUAUGGUAGUGGCAGACCUUCCGGGUCUUCUUGAAGGAGCACACCGAGGUUUCGGUUUAGGUCAUGAAUUUCUGCGACACACUGAAAGGUGCUCUGCACUGAUACAUGUCGUUGAUGGUUCAUCACCACAGCCAGAUCUUGAGUUUGACGCAGUUCGUCUAGAGCUGAAGCUAUUUAAUCCUGAACUUGCUGAGAAGCCUUUUAUAGUUGUUUAUAACAAAAUGGAUCUUCCAGAAGCAUAUGAAAACUGGGAAUCCUUCAAGGAUAAGUUGAAAUCUCAGGGGAUCACACCUUUUUGUAUGAGCGCUGUCAAAAGGGAAGGUACUCAUGAAGUUAUAUGUGCUGCUUAUGAACUUUUGCGUAAAAAUAAAGAAGACAAGGAGGAAUAUGAAGAUGGAGAAGAUACGGUAGACAUGACUCAUAUAGCUCACGCAGUACAGAAACAACGGAGUGCAUCCAUUAGUGAGUUUGAGAUUUUUCAUGAUAGCAGUUCAAAUGUUUGGAGUGUAGUUGGAUCUGGAUUGCAACGUUUUGUCCAGAUGACAAAUUGGCGGUAUGUUGAUUCAGAGAAAAGAUUCCAAAAUGUUCUUGAGGCUUGUGGUGUGUUUAAGUCUCUUGUGAAACUUGGUGUAAAGGAAGGCGACAAAGUGAUGAUUGGAGAGAUGGAGAUGAUAUGGCAUGACUCCUCAAACAAAACCAGUGAAUCAAAGAUGAAGAUAUCCACAGAUUCAAUUAAGUGGCCUGAACAGAAGUAAUGCCACUCUAUUUGUGUGCUUCUAGCUCCAUGUGUACUGCAACUACACGAUAGCAGUUCAUGCAGGAAGCUAGUUUGGUCAAAAUGCGAUGAUAUAGACGAGGACAAAAGUCAUGAAAAGCUGCCUCAAGAAUUGUGUUAAAUCAUACAAAUUACAAACUUGUUCUUGAUAGGAUGCUAGUUGCAUUCACAAUUUUCAAAUUCUUUUAUUUGCCAGGAAGCUGAAGUCUUCAACUGCUCACAAUUGAGUUAAGCAAGAUACAGUUGUAAUCGUAAAGGUGUACCUCUUAUAUUAUUUGUAACCAAAGGAAGAUAAUCUAGUUGCUUGUGUAAUUUUAUGAUGGUGUGAUGUAACAAUUUUGUUACUAGGUGUAAGAUGUCCAAUAUUGUCUCAUCAUUAGAUUUUUACAGGAUGCUCUUAUGUCGGUUGCAUAGUUUGGUGAAUUUAGAGUGGAUUUUUAGUUUCACCUGAAA